AAUCUCUCUCCCCCUCUGUCUCUAUUGAUUUCGUCGUCGGAUUAAAGCUCAAUCGCCGCCUAAACUCCGGCGACACUCGUUUGAUUGAAGAGAUUCGCGGAGGUGAGGAGGUAAAGCGAGAGAUGGAUGAUAAUAGAGGAGGUUCGUUCGUUGCCGUGAGGCGGAUUUCACAAGGUUUUGAACGAGGAAACGUUUACCAUUCUUCUUCUUCCUCUGCUGAGGUUGUGGCUGGAUCAGCAGCAUGGUUAGGCCGUGGCCUUUCUUGUGUUUGUGUUCAGGGAAGUCAUGGUGAUGCCCGUCCUUCCUUUGAUCUAACACCUGCUCAGGAGGAAUGUUUACUUAAGUUGCAGAGUCGCAUUGAUGUAGCUUAUGACAGCUCAAUACAUCAGCAUCAGGAAGCUCUGAAGGAUCUUUGGAAACUUGCCUUUCCUGAAGAAGAGCUGCACGGGAUUGUAUCUGAGCAGUGGAAGGAGAUGGGCUGGCAGGGAAAAGAUCCAUCAACAGAUUUUAGGGGUGGUGGUUUCAUAUCUCUGGAAAACUUGCUCUACUUCGCUAAGAGAUUCCCGAAAUGCUUCCAGGACCUUCUGCGGAAGCAGGUUGGUGAUCGUUCUGUGUGGGAAUACCCGUUUGCUGUUGCUGGCAUCAAUAUUACGUUCAUGCUUAUCCAGAUGCUUGGCCUUGAAGCAGUGAAGCCACAGAGUAUUGUUGGCGAAACAUUUUUGAGAUUCCUUUCGGUGAAUGAGGCUGCGUUUGACAUUCUUUAUUGCAUUGCCUUCAAGCUAAUGGAUCAGCAAUGGCUCUCCAUGCAUGCUUCCUACAUGGAGUUUAACACGGUAAUGAAAUCGACAAGGCGGCAACUGGAGAGAGAGGUAAUGGUUAAAGACAUAACAUGUAUUGAAGAUAUGCCAUCAUACAGCCUUCUCAGCCAAUAGCAAUCAGCUUAUGGAAGACUACUUCGGAAGUAUAAAGAUCUAACACCUCAAGAAAAAACUCUAUAUCAAAAGCCGAAAACAGAGCAAACAAGCAAAAAAAGAAGAAAAGGUCUCUCUCUCCCUCUCUUACAUUGGGUUGUUAUUUGAAGUUGAGGUUUUGUUUCGUAUGGGAUUAGUGUUUCUAACUAUUGGUGCUUUGUAUAAACGUUGUUCGUUUAGUUUUUUGGGCUAAUAAUAUAAUCAUUUGGCUAUAAUAUUUUCUGGGCUGAUGUAUAAACAAACCAAAAUGAAUAUAAUUUUGUGAUAUACUCAAUAACCAUGUAGAACAAGAUUAUAAUGGUGUCUGACGAUGUUCAGUUCCAAAAUGAAAAUAACAAGAAGGAAAAAAUUAUUGAAAGAACAGAGUUCAUGACACCGUACAUCAAUAACAUGGUGAUUAAAACGUAGUAGUGGUUGACAGCAGGUGAUUAAAACGU